GAUUUCUUUUUGCUUUCGUGAUACGUUAUAUAUUACUAUUUGUACUACAUACAAAAAUUUCUGUCAGAAAUCACUCGAUUGUUAGGUUGUGCGUGAGAGAGAUAUGAUAUAUGCAAGCUUGUACAUUAUUCGGUAAGUGCACAAUGUGGACAUUGUUAUCCUAUUCAGUUUGUAGUUCAUAUUUUAACCGUACUUGUCGCUGAAGUCGCAUACGUUACGAACGAAAAGCGAUGAACGUGCUUAACGUCGUAAAACUUAUUAUAAAUUAUCGUAUGUGAUGAUUUAACGAAAAUUUGUUAUAAAUGGAUGAUCUCGUGAAGUUUAAUAUUAAAGAGGUUAAAUGUGACUUGUUACCUGCGAUAAAUGAAUGUUCUCAACGCGGUUUAUUACAUACUACAAAAUGGCUGGCAGAAUUGAACUAUUCUUUGAAAGAUGUCAAAUUAGAUCUACACGAUGUGACCACGGAUAUCGGUUUGACAGAAACGAACGAGGAAGAUGACACGUAUAUUUUAGCUAAAACUUACUUCGAUUUAAAAGAGUACGAUCGAGCAGCCUAUUUUACAGAAAAAUGUACGACUUCAAAAGCCAGGUUUUUGUAUUUGUAUUCUCGUUACUUAUCAGGAGAAAAAAAGAAAAUAGAUGACAUGACGGAUAUACCACCAGACCCUAUGAGAAAUGACAGUUUAAAAUUACUCUGUGCUGAUUUAAGAAAAGAUCAUUUGGCUGGUAAAUUAGACGGCUUUUGUUUAUAUUUAUUUGGGGUAACUCUGAAAAAACUCCAACUUACCAGAGAGGCCACCGAAGUUUUGGUCGAAUCGACUCAUAAGCAGCCGAUGCACUGGGGCACUUGGUUGGAACUAGCUGCAUUAAUCACGGAUAGGGAAAAAUUAGAAAAUUUGCGGCUUCCAAAUCAUUGGAUGAAACAUUUUUUUAUGGCUCACAUGUAUUUAGAAUUGCAACUUAUCGACGAAGGCUUAGCUAUGUAUUGCGAAUUGCAGUCAAUGGGUUUUGAAAAAAAUGCGUAUGUACUCGCUCAAACUGCAAUUGCCGUUCACUACAGGAGAGAUGUUGAUAAUGCUAUAAAAACAUUUAAACACAUUAUAAAAGAGGAUCCAUAUUGUCUCGAUAAUAUGGAUACGUAUUCAAAUCUACUUUAUGUAAAAGAAAUGAAAGUAGAAUUGGCAUAUUUAGCUCAUAGAGCCACAGAAAUAGAUAAAUAUCGAUUGGAAACAUGUUGCAUAGUAGGAAAUUAUUACAGUUUAAGAGCAGAUCAUCAAAAGGCAGUGAUGUAUUUCCACAGAGCAUUGAAACUCAAUCCGCAGUACCUAUCUGCUUGGACGUUACUCGGCCAUGAAUUUAUGGAGAUGAAAAAUACUAAUGGGGCGAUUCAUAGUUAUCGCCAAGCCAUCGAAGUUAACAGAAGGGAUUAUAGAGCGUGGUAUGGUUUGGGUCAAACUUAUGAAAUUUUGAAGAUGCCUUCUUAUGGAUUGUAUUAUUACAAGCAGGCACAACUUUUGAGACCUCAUGAUAGUCGAAUGGUUCUUGCAUUGGGCGAGGCAUAUGAAAAACAAGAUAAAAUUCAAGAUGCUCUCAAGUGUUAUUACAAAGCGUGCAAUGUAGGGGAUAUUGAGGGAGUGGCUUUGAUAAAAUUAGCUAAUCUUUAUGAAAAGUUGGGUGAACACGAUCACGCGGCUGCAGCUUAUACAGAUUUUGUAAUGGACGAAUUCAGAAAUGCUGAUAGAACCGAAUUGAGUCACGCUUACAAGUACCUAACGCAGUAUCAUUUGAAAAGAGAACAGUUGGAUCGGGCAAAUCAUUAUGCACAGAAAUGUCUUCAAUUUGAUGAAACUAAAGAAGAAGCUAAGGGGCUUUUAAGAACUAUUGCACAGAAAAGAGCGAAAGUCGAGGAGAGUUCAAUGGUGGUAGAAGAUAUGAACGAAACGGAUCCAGUAAUCGAACAAGGCACUAGGACCGAUGCUACUCCGGGAAAUCAGUUGUCGCCAAUGAAUUUAUCCUUCACACCUACUCCAUAGUUUUUCACUUUCAAGCUGAAUAAUUUCCAUCGUCUUUCCCUGUUUUUCCAUCCUGUUAGGUCAUCCUUAAUCUCAUUGUCGCAAGCCAGUAUCGUCCCUAUGAUCCUCGUUAUCUGUAUACAUUUCUGCAUCAAUCAAGGAUCAAGAAUCUUAUUCUAAAACUGGUCAUCGAAGAUGGAGGUAGAUAUAAAGAAUUGCUCAGGCGAUUCAUUUGCUUUUCGUUCAUCGAACUUUUUUAUUCAUUAUUUGAAAACUGAAAAUCUUUGCAUUAUUGACGAUAUUAUCCAAAUCUUCAACGCUCGAUCUAUUCUCAAAGCUUCAGAAUUGUCAUUUUACCCUUUUUUUACCAUUUUCUUUCUCUCAUUGUUUUCUUUGUAUCUCGUAUCUUUCACGAACAAGUAAAAUUUUUAUUGCGAAUAUAGAACGAUGCAAUAAUUUUGAUAGAACCACGUCUUUUGUGUCAUCAAGUGCGAAGGCAUUAUUAUUCGCAUAGUUGAGCGAUGAUUGUGCCGAGGUCGGUAUAGCUUUAAAAUAGAACUUCGACGUUUCUCUCUUUUCUUGUUGCAGUGGUGGUCGUAUUACUAGGGAAGAAUAAUUGUCGGUACUCGUAGUGGUCGUUUUUUGAAAAUUUACAUUAAUUCCAAUUUAGAAAAAUGUCUACAUUAAUAUAUAGGAUGUCUCUUCGUAACUUCGAAGAACUGUUUCGGCGAUAAAUUUUGCAUAUGAAAACAACAAUAAAAAUUGAUAAUUUUUACGAUUUAGGAUAAACAAGGCUUUCGAUUUUAGAACAAUAUUUAGAGAAAUGAAGAGAUUAAGAAGAAACUUGCUAUAAUUCGAAGGUUAAAUAGGGCAUACGUUUUUUUUUUUUAUAUGUACAAUUCACCGCUGAAGCAGUUCUCCGAAGUUAAAGGAUAACUUAUACGUAGAAUUUUUUACUAACAAAGGGUGGUUCGAUCACUGAGCGUCCGAAGUUUUUUCGAUAAGUAGUUUUCCGCUGAACAUUUUGUUCAGUUCAAGAAGUACCUUCGUACAUUCCUUACAUAGUAGUCUACAUCAUACUGCUACUUGUUAAGGGGAAAUUUUUGAAUAAAGAAUUUUUGAGACAAUAAACAUACCCUUCGAUUUUGAGAAGGAAUGAAUCUUAGAAAAGCUCUUUCAUAAAAUAUUUGUACGCUAUAAAUUAUCUUUGGGUCAAUUAACUUCGAACGUUGUAUUUUUAUUUCUAUUUGGACUUCUUCCAAAACGAUAAAUUUCAUGCAUAGUAUUGUACUCUGAGAUGCCUUAAUGGUGCACUUCCAACAGUUUACUAAGAGAAUUUCCCUUUUCGUAAUGCAAUCACCUCGUUUCUAUUGUAUAAAGGGAAGUAUCAUUUUAUAUAUGCGAUGUUUGCAUUUAUGUAUGUAGUUAUAACUUAUGCUUAACUAUACUUGAUAAAAUGGUAUGGAAUUUAAAAAAUAUAGAUAUAUAAGUGCACCACUUGAAAAUGUGUGACUUCAUAGAGGGUUCGGGAAUUAAGCGUUAUUCUGAUUUUUAUCGUCCUUAUUCGUUUGGAGACUGUUAAAGGAAAACUUGGUAAACCGUCGGACGUACUUUUAUUAUACGCCAUUAAUGUAUCUAAAGUAUGAUAAUAACAUCCAUUUUAUAUUA